GCAGGCUGUGAUUUAAUACUCCCCCUCUGCUGCUGGGCCCCGGCAGUGUGCGGCUCUCCCGAGGCCAGGCAUCACCUCCCUCCUGCACAGCCCCAAGGUGAACGGCGCACCGCCGCAAUGCCAGAGCCGUAAAGAAAAUCCAAGAUCACAGCCUCACGCAAGCUCUUAUUGAAGAGUUUGAUGCUGGCAAAAGCAAAGGAGGAGUGGGAUCAGGAGAUCGUGGACAAGCAGUCAGAGAAGGAAAGAUACCUGUCUGAGCGGAUCACACCACUGCGUACCAGUGGGCUUUCCUUGAGCCAGCUCCAGGACCUGUGCCGGGAGCUGCAUGAGAAGGUUGAAAUUGUGGAUGAAGAGAGAUAUGACAUUGAGGCAAAAUGCAACCAUAACACUCGGGAGAUUAAAGAUCUGAAAAUCAAAGUGCUUGAUCUCCGAGGGAAGUUCAAGCGACCCCCCCUGCGGCGAGUCCGUGUCUCUGCUGAUGCCAUGCUGAGGGCUCUGCUGGGCUCCAAGCACAAAGUGUCCAUGGAUCUGAGAGCCAACCUGAAGUCUGUCAAGAAGGAGGACACGGAGAAGGAACGCCCUGUGGAAGUGGGUGACUGGCGCAAGAACGUGGAGGCCAUGUCAGGGAUGGAGGGGAGAAAGAAGAUGUUCGAUGCUGCCAAGUCCCCCACGGGCCAGUGAGAGGAGCAUUGGGAAGAGGAGCCUCCCCACCUCUGCUGCCUGCCUCCCUUUCCCUUGCUGCCCCUCCAUGCUCUUUACGCCCUUUACGCUGAAUUCACCACUGAGCUGAAACACGUGGACAACUGUGUGAGAAGGACAUCUGAGCUUCUUUCUUUCAGCACUGCCACCAGCCCUGCUUCCACACAGCCCCGGCAUAGUGGCUCCCUGGUAUCACCUGCAUGGGCCAUGUUGUCUUUAAGGGGCCACUGGCCACCCCUCCCCUCCCACCACUACAGAGAGGCCCUGGGGACAGCUGAUGGUCCCCCCACUCCCCCAUCCUCCGGUGGGUGCAGCCUGAGAUGUACCUGUGUGGCUGCACGUGUAUUAAAGGAGGGUC